UUUAAGCUCGCUCACUCUCUCUCUUCCCACCGCAGGUACAGCUCCCAUGGCUGCGUCUGGAGCCCAGGCGAGCCAGAGCCCAGCCUUCUCCACGCCGAUGCCCUGCAGCGCCUCGUUGUCCUGUCCCAUGGUCAUGGCCAAGAGUGCGGUUUUGUCCCCGACGUGAAGCCCCCGGCCCCAGGCAGUGCCUCCCAGCUGGUGUGGGAGUGCAUGGCCGGGCACAGCUUCUCCUGGGGUGUCCCCGGGGCAGCGGGGGACUGUACCCCCACGACCGGUCACCAUGGAGAGGAACAUCAGGAGGAUUUGGGGUGUAGCUCUCCACCGGCCACCGCCCGCCGGCGCUCGCUCCGACGAGCAGGGCUGGCUGCCAAGUCCAGCUCCAGGAAGGGUGAAGCUGAACCAGAGGGAGCAACUCGGUCGCCCAUGGGUGAUGGGGACCAGAGGGAAGAGCCAGGAGCUGGUAGUGAUGAUGGUGAUGGUGGCAACGCAGCUCCCCAAGGGCCAACGGAGACAGGGACCAUGGCAAAAGAGCGUGGGAGCGUGCCCAUCCCAGAGGAGAAAGCGGAGCAGGGGGCUGAGCCCCAAGAAGAAGAGGGGGAAGAGGACGACGAGGACUUUGCCGAGGAUGAUGACCUUACUUACACCGAUGAUCUGCGUGAUGAGAACUACCAUCCAUCUCUGGACAGCGACUCUGAGCCACAGCGACGACAAGGCCAGACCAAAGCCCGUAAGAAACCCGUAAAGGAGGAGCAGCCUGUGAAUGAGCCGAGCUUGACCAGCUCCAGCCCACCGGAGGAGAAGGUUGGACGAGUCAGCUGCAAGAGGCGAGCGCGCCCGUGCGACGAGGACGUGGCCCAGAUCGGCCCGAAGAGGAUCAGGAAGGCGGCAAAGCGGGAGAUCCUCCUCUGCGACUAUGAAGGCUGCGGCAAGAUCUUCUCCAACCGCCAGUACCUGAAUCACCACAAGAAAUACCAGCACGUCCACCAGAACACCUUUACCUGCUCGGACCCCAGCUGCGGCAAGUCCUUCAACUUCAAGAAGCACCUCAAGGAGCAUGAGAAACUGCACAGCGACAAGCGGAACUAUAUCUGCGAGUUCUGCGCCCGUUCCUUUCGUACCAGCAGCAACUUGAUCAUCCACCGGCGCAUCCACACCGGGGAGAAACCCCUGCAGUGCGAGAUCUGCGGCUUCACCUGCCGCCAGAAAGCCUCCCUCAACUGGCACAUGAAGAAACACGACGCCGACGCCUUCUACCAGUUCUCCUGCGACAUCUGCGGCAAGAAGUUCGAGAAGAAAGACAACGUCACCGCCCACAAAAGCAAAAGCCACCCCGAAGUGCCGGGCAGACCCUCCCAAGCCUCGGCUGAUGAUCAGGGGGGUAGCGGGCAGGAUGCGGAUGCACCCCAAGGCCGGGUGAUGGACGGCGUUGGUUCGUAG